GCAGAUCGGAUGUGUUCGUGUUGUGUUAAACACGUUUAGAAACAAACGUAAACAAGCUGAAACACUGAAUGUUUUAUUUUUCUCGAGCAGCAGAUCACACUGUGAACCCGAAAGGAUGUGUCCUGUCUGGAAGCUUCUCCUUCUACUGGUCAUCUUGAGUUUGAACAGUUCACUGACAACAACAGAAAAGCUCAUAACCAUAACAGAGAAAACUGCCACAAGAGAGGAGGGAUCAUGCAUCACCAUCAACUGCACAUACAAAGCUCAGGAAGACAUGCAGCUGCUCUGGUUUAAGGAUCCUCAGUGGAAUGAAACUGUAAACAAGUUUAAUGGGAUCAUUGUAUAUAGUAACACAAAAGAUCGUCCACAGAGUCCUCAGUACUCCAGCAGAGUGGAAUACCAGGGGGGUUAUGAAAGGAACGGGUCACAAUCAGCCUCAUGCACAUUAAGAAUAAAGGAUCUGCAAAUGAGUGACAGUGGAACCUACAGCUUCAGGUUCAUAAAGGGAGAGAACAAAUAUAUGAGUAAACCAUUGCAUCUCACAAUAAACCCCAAUCCUUGCAAGGUUCACCUUCAAUAUCCACAGAAAGACACUUUCAUAGAAAGUGACACAGUGACUCUUCAGUGCUCAACAUCAGCCCAGUGUCAGUCUUACCCUGAAUGGCAAAGUUACAGCUCAGCUAAUGUUUCAGAGCCUACCAGAGAGGAUGAAGGUCAGGACAAGGUCAGUGAGCUGCAGUUGAAAGUGACCUGGAUGGAUGAUGGAAGAACUUUGUCAUGUCGUCCACCAGGAAGCACAGAUGACUGUCAGGCCAGGAAGGUCACUCUGGCUGUGGAAUACGCGCCCAGAGAAACAAAGAUAAUGGUGAGCUCUGAGGAUGUGAAAGAAGGAGAAACUGUCACCCUCUACUGUUCCAGCAAGGCACGUCCUAAUGCUUCCUACAUGUGGUAUAAAGAUGGGAAAAAUGUAUUUUCCCAGUCUACUGAAAAUUAUAUACUGAAUGAUGUAAAGCCAGAAGACAGUGGAGAAUACCGCUGUCAGGCCUCAAACCAUCACGGGAAAAAAGAUUCUACUGUCAGGAUGUUAAAUGUUAAAUAUGCUCCUAAAGGUGCUCAAGUCAAGGUGGAACCCAGUGAUGUUAAUAAAGGUGAUGAAGUCAGACUGACAUGCUUGGUGCAGAAGAGCAAUCCAGAAGUUCCACAAAACUCCUACAGAUGUUACAAAGAUCAUUCAGAGUUUCAGGGACACAGAAAGGAAUUACAUAUCCCAAGUGCAACACCAAAUCAUACCGAAUGGUAUCACUGUCAGGCCAAUAAUGGCAUCAGAUCUACAGACUCUUCUUCAACUGAGAUAUCUGUGAAGUAUGCUCCAGAAGGCACUUCCAUUCAAGGCUCUUCUGAAAUAAAGCUGGGUUCAGCUCUUCACCUCCGCUGUUUCUCUAACGCCAGUCCUGAGGCUGAUCGUUAUUCCUGGUAUUAUAAAUCAGAAGGCAAGCUGGAGUAUGUUGUUCUUUCACACACGACUCAGGAGUUUCGGAUUGAGAAGGUGGCCGUUCAAGAUUCCGGAUGGUAUAUGUGCAGUUCCAGCAAUGUUAUUGGUGCAGAAUCAUUCUCAACUGCAUUCAGAGUUGAUGUACACUGAAAAGGUGGUUCUUAACAUGGUUUUAUGAUACAGAACCUACUGUGCUGGUGAGAAAAAUGUCAUUGUCAUGCUGGCUUAUUUUCUGCAAUAUUGUGUACAAAACUUUGUUUAAGCUGCAUUCAUUUGUAUGAUUAUACAGCGUGCAAUGCUUAUUAAAUACCCAAGUUAAAAGGUUUAGCAGGUGAAGAUUUCUCCUCUAGGGGCUGCCGUUAGCAUGCAAACAGCUGUGUGUAUCCAUUUUUAUGUAAUGGACUAGAUGAGUAGAAGCAGGGAAAAAAAACAGGUGUUUUUAUAAAUGAACUCUUAUUACUAAAACUUCUAUGUAUACUUUUUACGUUUGUAACACAGAAGAAUUAAAGAAUGAUAUCAUU